GGCGACUUUAUGUGUACAACUCAUACCGAGGCAGUGCAGGCCACAAUGCAAUUGUUAAAAGGGAAAUACAAAAGCUUGCUGCCCUCCUGCCACAUUAUCUACACAUCAGUGGAUUCUACACCCAAAAAAUUGGCAUCAAUUGGAUGAAUCACCCAGCAUAUAUGGACAUGUCACAGAAUGAGAACAUUCAAGUGGAGUAUGUAGAAAAUUUGUCGCAACAAGACCCUACCAGCAUGGAUUGCGGUGUGUAUGUUGCAGCAUUCGCUGAAUAUCUAAGCUCUGGUGAAGGUAUUCCAGCACAAAUCGAUGCAAAGAUGCUCCGCACUAGAUACGGUGCACUCCUUUGGGACUACGUUGCACGGAAGAUCGAUGAACAUGCUAUGAGCGACAUUGAGGCGCCACCAAAACCAGUUAGGCCAACAGUAGAUUAUGACAAAGUUGAAACAAUUGAUGUUACUUAGGAGUGAUGUCGUAAUAUUUAAUUUUAAUUUCAGACUAUGGCUAUUUUUAUAGCAAAUAUUUUAGAUGUAUUUAGUUUAAGAAAACAGAU